GGCCCAGGGAACCAAGCAGCGUUGCCGCUGCUGCUGCACCCCGAGCUGGAGGAGGGAGAAGCCAGGAAGAAAAUGGCGGCCGUAGCUGCAGAGGCGGCAGCGACUGCAGCGUCCCCCGGGGAGGGGGGCGCCGGCGAGGCCGAGCCGGAGAUGGAGCCCAUCCCCGGCAGCGAGGCCGGCACUGACCCCCUCCCGGUCACCGCAACGGAAGCAUCUGUGCCGGACGGCGAGGCCGACGGGCAGCAGUCUUCUCCUCAGGCCGACGAGCCGCCGCUCCCGCCGCCACCGCCGCCGCCUGGGGAGCUCGCCCGCAGCCCGGAGGCGGCGGGGCCGGAGCUGGAGGCUGAGGAGAAGCUGCCUGCCCGGGUGGCGGAGCCGGCGGCAGCCGCGCCUCAGGAAAGACCCGACCUUCCACCUUCCCCUGCACCGCCGCCCGAGCAGCCCCCAGCUCCCGAGGAGCGCCAGGAAUCGCCGCUGCCCCAGCCCGCAGCCCCGGCGCUCGUGCCGCCGGCGGGUGGGGACUCCGCGGUGUCGCAGCUGAUUCCCGGCUCCGAGGUGCGGGUCACGCUGGACCACAUCAUUGAGGACGCGCUCGUCGUGUCGUUCCGUCUAGGGGAGAAGCUCUUCUCCGGGGUCCUUAUGGAUCUGUCCAAAAGAUAUGAAGUGCAGAGACUCCCAUUCACGGCUCUCCAUUCUGUUUCCUGCAACAGCACACACUCUGAUGGGUUUGGGCCCCAUGGGAUCCCUGUGACAGUGUUUCCCAAAAGGGAAUAUAAGGAGAAACCUGAAGCCAUGCAGCUCCAAAGUAAUACAUUCCAAGAAGGGACAGAAGUCAAGCGUGAAGUGAAUGGUGCUGUUCCCGAUGACCCUUCUCCCAACUCGCCUCCCGAGCCAGGCUUGGCUGAAAGCCUGUGGACUUCCAAACCACCGCCUCUCUUCCAUGAAGGAGCACCUUACCCUCCCCCUUUGUUUAUCAGGGACACCUAUAACCAGUCAAUACCUCAGCCACCGCCUCGGAAAAUUAAGCGACCCAAACGAAAAAUGUACAGGGAAGAACCUACUUCAAUAAUGAAUGCUAUUAAACUGCGACCCAGGCAAGUCCUGUGUGACAAGUGUAAAACCAGUGUUGUUGCAGAGAAAAAGGAAAUUAGAAAAGGUAGUAGUGCAAGUGACUCUUCUAAAUAUGAAGAUAAAAAACGGAGAAACGAAAGUGUAACUACUGUGAACAAAAAACUGAAAACUGACCAUAAAGUGGAUGGGAAAAACCAAAAUGAAAGCCAGAAAAGAAAUGCUGUGGUGAAGGUUUCCAAUAUUGCUCACAGCAGAGGCAGAGUAGUCAAAGUUUCUGCUCAGGCAAAUACAUCGAAAGCUCAGUUAAGUACUAAAAAAGUGCUCCAGAGUAAGAACAUGGAUCAUGCAAAAGCUCGGGAAGUGUUGAAAAUUGCCAAAGAAAAGGCACAAAAGAAGCAAAGUGAAACCUCUGCAUCCAAAAAUGCACAUUCAAAAGUCCAUUUCACACGUCGCUAUCAGAGUCCUAGCUCAGGUUCCCUUCCACCCCGGGUUCGUUUAAAACCACAAAGGUACAGGAAUGAAGAAAAUGACUCUUCUUUGAAGACGGGACUUGAGAAAAUGCGGAGUGGCAAGAUGGCACCCAAGCCCCAGUCUCGCUGCACCUCUACCCGCUCAGCAGGUGAGGCCCCUUCAGAAAAUCAGAGUCCCUCAAAAGGCCCUGAAGAGGCCAGCAGUGAGGUUCAGGACACAAAUGAAGUGCUUGUGCCUGGUGAGCAGGAUGAACCACAGACACUGGGCAAAAAGGGCAGCAAAAGCAAUCUCUCUGUUUACAUGACCCUAAAUCAAAAGAAAUCUGACUCUUCCAGUGCUUCCGUGUGUAGCAUUGAUAGCACAGAUGAUUUGAAAUCCUCCAACUCUGAGUGUAGUUCUUCUGAAAGCUUUGAUUUUCCUCCAGGCAGUAUGCAUGCACCUUCCACCUCCUCCACUUCCUCCUCUUCAAAGGAAGAGAAAAAGCUCAGUAAUUCCUUGAAAAUGAAAGUCUUUUCCAAAAACGUCUCUAAAUGCGUCACACCAGAUGGCAGGACCAUAUGUGUAGGGGACAUUGUUUGGGCCAAGAUCUAUGGCUUCCCUUGGUGGCCAGCCCGUAUUCUUACUAUAACUGUGAGCCGGAAAGAUAACGGCCUUUUAGUCCGACAGGAGGCCCGUAUUUCAUGGUUUGGGUCUCCAACAACCUCUUUUCUUGCUCUUUCGCAACUCUCCCCCUUUUUAGAAAACUUCCAGUCACGCUUUAAUAAGAAGAGAAAGGGCCUGUAUCGCAAGGCUAUCACAGAGGCGGCUAAGGCUGCCAAGCAGCUGACCCCUGAAGUGCGGGCUCUGUUGACACAGUUUGAAACGUGAACAUGGACAGUAAGCACAAAGACAUUAGCAGGAUGCUGGUUUCAUGGACCGGUCCCAUAAUGACACCACACCAGAGCAUCAGGACUGAAUGACAUUGGAGACUCAGAUUUUUAAAGCUGCACUAAGAAGUUAAUGUUAAGGCAGUGGUUAAAACCAACAGUCUAUAAAGGGGCACUUGCAAAUUUUGCUAUAUGAAACCGAAGAAAAGGUAUUAGGGGAAUAUUUUAUAAAAAAACUAUUGCAAUAAGUUAUGCAUGAGAGGAGGAAAAAAGUGAUACGAAACACACAGAGAACUCACUUGAAUCUUACUUAUCAAGAAUCACUGACCGUAACUUUUUCUGAAUGUGAAGUUCUUUUCAGUACAGUUUAGACAGGCCUAAAAGGCAUGGGAUGAUGACAGAGAUGAUGAAUUAUUUUUUAAACUAAAAUUUUGUGCUUUCUCCAAGGUUUUGUUAAUCCAUUUAGAUACGAGCAAAGGCAUUUCUAAGAUGGCUCUCCUGUGAACGCAGCAAGUGUCACAGCUGCCAGGCGAGGCCAAGGUCUCCUUCAGGGUACCAGUGGAAACAACAGGAAAGAUUUUCUAACAUCCUAUUAAAGGAUGGCGAAGUGCCCUGCCCCACCCCGCAGAGAAUUUGGAUCUUUUCUUUCUUCAAUAAAACAGGGCUGUAUUAUCUUGAAUAUACGUUUGCUUGUUAGAACAUAUUAAGAUGUAUUUAUUUGCCACCAGUAUUUAACAUUUUGUGCACAUUUUCAUAACUGCAUUCUUACCUUUUAAAUUCUGACUCAAAGUGGAUAGGCUAGUGUUGACCUUAGAGUGAAAAUAUGUACUCUAAGAGCUAGUUCUUAAUUCUACUGUGGUGGAAAGGCUUUUUUCCUGAAUUUUGAUGUGGACCUCUCUCAUGGAGAGCCCUUCCUUCCAACUGCAAGAUAUCCUCCCAGGUGUCAGGUGGGACUUGACCCUGGGAACAAGCAGUAGGAACAGACCCAUAAAGAGCUUUCAUGCAUGGAACAUGAAUUCUUAUUAAUGGAGACCAUAAUGUUUUUCUUGUCUUUGGAAAAUACAUAUUAUGAAAAACCUUAAUUUUUCUUUUUAAUGAAUGGAAAAACUUUCAUGAGGAAAACAGAUGGACCUAUUAGUACUACAUUUUUAAGGCAUUUUAUAUUUGAUGGUGCAGUACUUUUAAUAAAACUGAAGUUUUUUAGUGGCAAUACGGAUUUAUUUUUUAAACCAGAAAGAUAGACCAUAUUGACUACUUAAUAC